UAAUCUGUAAUGCUGAUUCUAAGUGUAGGUUGUUCAAGCACGCAGCCAAGAACCUGACAAGAACAACGGACAAAAAAGUUGUUUGUAAACAAAGUUGUUUGGUUGUCACGAAUUUGUUUAAAAUCAGAUGUCGAACACACAAAAGUCAGAAAACUCGAAGGAGAAACCCGAAGGCUCGUCGUUCUCCUACGAAACCGUUGUAAAGGAAGAGCUGAUCAUCGAGCACGAGGAUGGACCGUUCGGCGAACCGGAUUCACCGGAGCCGGACAAUUCCAGCGAGGAAACUGCAAAGAUUGAUAGACGACGAAAGUUUGAAACCUUGCGCUGUGAAGAUUGCGACAAAACUUUUACAAACAAUUUCACGUUUUACACGCACACCCUGAGGCAUAGGAAUCUCAAGGCUUGCAAAUAUUUCUGUGAAUAUUGCAAACAGCCUUUUAUAUCGGGAUUUGCGCUUAAAAAACAUGAACGAAAUUUCCACGCCAUGCACCAAGAUGACGAUGAGCCUGCUAAGGGGAAACGUUCGGCAAAAUCAAUUUCCCCCAAAGUUGUGGUAAAACGCAACGAGGACGGUCUUUUCAAAUGUAGCGAGUGUGGCAAGAGUUUUGAGCAGCGCUGCCAGUACACGCGACACUUGAAUUCACACGCUGCCAAAAAACUGGGCAAAUUUCAGUGUGAAAUGUGUGAGAGAUGCUUCGGAUCACGUGCCGAUCUGGGCAAUCAUAAGCUGACCCACGAAAAGAACGAGGCCGCCAUGACGGAUUACACGCUCGCGAAGCAACGCCCCUCUAUCGACGUCCGGGAAGAGGGUGGCCUGUUCAAAUGCUCCGAAUGUGGCAGUGCCUUUGAGCAACGGUUCAUGUGCGUGCGGCACAUCUGGAGGCACAAUUUGCAGAAGCCGGAGUUUUUUGUGUGUGGGACGUGUCAGAAGCAAUUCAAUAAGAGGUCCAAUCUGGUGCGGCACGAAGCAAUGCACGAGAGAGAAAAAGCGGAACCUCCGAAGCCGAAGAAACCGCCCAAAUUUCAUUGUGAUAAAUGUCAAAGGCCAUUCUGGAAAAGACACAAUCUCAACAGACACCAGUUGGUGCACGAUAAGGAGGAGGCCAAUUCGAAAGGGCAAACAAUUGAAGCAUAUUUGAAAUCUUGAAACGAUUACUUAUUUCAAACAGUACAUGCAUUCCAGCGUCAAUAAAUGAGUAAACAGUGAAAA